AUGUAUAUCGACUACGUCCGAAUAUACCAACCGGAAGGCUCUGAGAUGAUAACUUGUGAUCCUCCGGGUUAUCCUACUACUGAAUAUAUUAAGAAACACAUGAAUGCGUACACCAACCCUAAUAUCACCAGCUGGUCAAAAGCCGGAUAUACGUUCCCGAAAAAUACCCUAAUGAACGAUUGUUCGAAAUGA